GUUCUGCGCGUGCGUCUCUCAAAUCACUUCCUCCUCCGCGUUCCGAGCUCCGGUUUGACCUACAACGGCUACAGGAGAAGAUGGCUGCGCCCGGGGCCACCGGGAUGAUUCAACAGGUACGCCGCUUUACCACGUCAAUGAGCAGACCAUUUGCAAAACUCGUAAGGCCUCCAAUUCAAGUUUAUGGUCUGGAAGGUCGAUAUGCCACUGCUCUUUUUUCUGCUGCAUCUAAGCAGAAUAAACUGGAUGUGGUAGAAAAGGAGUUACUCAGAGUAACAAAACUUUUGAAAGAUCCCAAAAUGGUUGAUUCUAUUAUGAAUCCCCAUAUAAAGCGUUCUAUUAAGAUAAAAACUCUAAGUGACAUAAUUGCAAAAGAGAGGUUUUCCCCCAUCACAACUAACCUCAUGAAAUUACUUGCUGAAAAUGGUCGCUUAAAUAACACUGAAGGAGUCAUUUCAGCAUUUUCUACCAUGAUGAGUGUGCACCGUGGAGAAGUACAGUGCGUAGUUACUACUGCAUCUACUUUGGAUAGCGCAACUCUUUCAGAAUUAAAAGCAGUACUGAACAGCUUCCUGAGUAAAGGCCAAGUCCUGAAAAUGGAGGUUAAGACUGAUCCUUCAAUCAUGGGAGGAAUGAUUGUUCGUAUAGGAGAGAAAUAUGUUGAUAUGUCUGCAAAAACCAAGAUCCAGAAGCUAAGCAGGAUUAUGAGGGAAGCUAUUUGAAGUAACAUCUUUCCACAGUUCCUCAAUGAAACUUCCAAAAAUUGUGGAAAUAAUAAAAGUAUUUGGCAAUUUUCA